AUAUCCACACUCAUGAAAUCAAGAACAGCAAACUCACCGUCGUCGUCCUCAUCGUCGUCUUCAAGCUCAAAGGACUUUCAGAUCAAGAACUCCCAGCAUGAUAUUGGUAAUUUGUCCGACUACUCGGGCAUCGAUAGCCGAAAGAGGAAGUCGGGCAGGAAGAAAUUCCACGAGACACGGCACCCUGUCUACAGAGGGGUCAGGGAGAGGAAUGGGAAAUGGGUCUGCGAGAUGAGAGAUCCACACAAGAAGUCCCGAAUAUGGCUCGGGACGUUCACCUGCCCCGACAUGGCUGCUAGGGCUUAUGACGUUGCGGCCUUGGCCCUGAAAGGAGACUCAGCAAAUCUUAAUUUUCCUCAGCCAUCGGUCCCAUCUCCUAAUCUAUUCAAACCUAGAGACAUGUACUCAACUCAUGGAGCAUUAGUAGAGGCUCCUGUCAGCGGAGAUGAUGAUCCGGUAAGGAUAUUGCCGUCUCCUUCAUCUUCUUCUCCUUCUCUGUCAUCGUUUUCGACAUUGAAUAUUGAUGGUGAGAUAAUGAGUGGUGAAAGGGUUCAACAGAAGAGUGCGAGGGCGUAUUAUGAUGAGGAGGAGAUCUUUAAUAUGCCGGGUUUGAUUGUUAGCUUGGCUGAAGGAUUGAUGAUUAGUCCACCGGGAAUGGACUAUGGAUUCAGUUGGCCUGAUGAUCAAGCGGACAUCGAAUAUUUGAGUCUAUGGAGCGACUAAACCCUAACAUGAUGUUUUACACGACGAAGGAAAUCAUGUCCUAAAGCUAAAUCAAAUGUUACCACUUCGUGAGGCAAUCCCGUUCCAUCUCCGAUCUAUUCCUCCAUGCAAAUUAGUGAGGCCUUAGGUCAGGUUGAACUUGUCAUGCUAUCCAAGACAGGAGUUACUAGAGGCUAGAGCACACUUGUUAUUCGGUAAAGUUGCAUGAA